AUGGCAGGUUUAGAUUAUCUUCUUUUCGAAGAAGCUACUGGUUAUGCUAUCUUUAAGGUGUUAAUCCAGCAGGAUGAAGUCGCUUCAAGACUGAAGGAAGUGCAAGAAGCAUCUAGUGAUUUAUCCAAGUUCUCAAAAAUGAUUGAGUUAGUUUCUUUUGCUCCAUUCAAGGGUGCAGCUCAAGCUUUGGAAAAUGCCAACGAUAUCUCAGAAGGUUUAGUUUCUGACUACUUGAAAUCGGUCUUAGAGUUGAACUUACCAAAGGGCUCAUCCAAGAAGAAGAUUUCUCUUGGUGUUUCUGAUAAAAAUUUGGGACCUUCCAUUAAGGAAAUCUUCCCAUACGUUGAUUGUUUAUCCAACGAAACCGUCCAAGACUUCCUCAGAGGUAUCAGAGUCCACGGUGACAAGUUAUUAAAGGAAUUGCAAGACGGUGACAUUGAAAGAGCACAAUUAGGUCUUGGUCAUGCAUUCUCCAGAGCCAAGGUUAAGUUUUCAGUGCAAAAGAAUGAUAACCACAUCAUUCAAGCUAUUGCCUUGUUGGAUCAAUUAGACAAGGACAUUAACACCUUUGCCAUGAGAGUAAAGGAAUGGUACGGAUGGCAUUUCCCAGAAUUAGCAAAGAUUGUCCCAGACAACUACCAAUUUGCUAAAUUGGCCCUCUUCGUUAAGGAUAAGGCCUCAUUAACCGACGACUCCUUACAUGACGUUGCUGCCAUCUUAAAUGAAGAUUCAGGUGUAGCUCAAAGAGUUAUCGAUAACGCCAAGAUCUCCAUGGGUCAAGAUAUCUCUGAACAAGAUAUGGAAAACGUUUCCACAUUUGCUGCCAGAGUUGUCUCCAUCUCUGAAUACAGAACCAAUUUAUACUCAUACUUAACCGAAAAGAUGAACACUGUUGCUCCAAACUUGUCCACUUUGAUUGGUGAAGUUGUCGGUGCAAGAUUGAUUUCCCAUGCUGGUUCUUUGACCAACUUGUCUAAGCAAGCUGCUUCCACUGUUCAAAUCUUGGGUGCUGAAAAGGCUUUGUUUAGAGCCUUAAAGACCAAGGGUAACACUCCUAAAUACGGUCUUAUCUACCACUCUUCAUUCAUUGGUAGAGCUGCACCAAAGAACAAGGGUAGAAUUUCCAGAUACUUAGCUAAUAAGUGUUCUAUUGCUUCUAGAAUUGAUAACUACAGUGAUGAACCUUCCACUGCUUUCGGUCAAAUCUUAAAGAAACAAGUUGAAGAAAGAUUAAACUUUUACGAUACCGGUUCUGCUCCAAUGAAGAACUCUGACGCUAUCAAGGAAGCUUUAGCUUUAUCUGGUGGAUCUGCUGAUCUUGCCAUGGUUGAUGCUGACGAUGUUGAAGAUGAUGAAGAAGUUUCUGAAAAGAAGGAAAAGAAAGAAAAGAAAGAAAAGAAGGAAAAGAAGGAAAAGAAGGAAAAGAAGGAUAAGAAGGAUAAGAAGGAAAAGAAGAGAAAGGCCGAUGAUGAUGAAUCACCAAAGAAGAAGAAGAAGAAGUCCAAGGAUUAA